AUGGACAAAAAUAUAGGAUACCUGGAACACAACAAUGAAUACUUCAAUUCAGGACAAUGGCGUCAUCUGAUAACUUCGAUGCAGCACCGUAACCGUCUGGCUGUCGGGUGCUCUGCUCGUUCAGCUAACUUGUUACAUGAGGAAUGGCUUGGGCUAUCUGAUCAGCCAAAUCAAUUGCAAAGAUACCUCGAAAAUGCUGUCAAUAAAGAUCAGUCGGUCGUAGGUUUUGCCUUCAUCGAGUGUGCGCUGGUUCCUGCGGUGCAACAUGGUGACUGGGAGAUAUUUGACUGUUUCAGCGGUCUUUUGGAUUCUGAUCACGGAAUUGUGACACCGGUAGAACGCGGUGACAAAACAUCAAUUAAACGCAACUCGGAAUUUUACCUGUUUGCUAAAAGUUCGCCACCAUUUUCGCCCCAAAAAGAUCAUCUAUUUGAUUCUUGUGAAAUGUCGGAACUGAUUUCCGUCACACGAACAAACUCCAGCUGUAACACUUUCAUCAAUUCCUACGCAAGCUUGAGGCAUUUUUUGGAAAAUUGCCUCAAUGCAAGCAAUUCAACACAACAUUUGCUAAAUCGAGUUUUCGACGAGGAACACAGUGCCGCACUAAGUCACAGACAUCUUCCCUUCCCGAUGCUUCUUGCGACCAUUCUAGUGUUCACAAUAAUGAUAUUGGUUGGUACCUUCGGAAGCGGCCUCGUGAUUUUUGUCGUGCUGCGCAAACCAUCCAUGCGGACUCGAAGUAACCUGUUCAUCAUGAAUUUGGCCAUCUCUGAUUUGACUUUGUGCCUUUUCACCCAACCAUUUACACUCUACCGCUUGCUGAUUGGUCACCAUCCAUGGGCAUUGGGCUCAUUUAUGUGCAAGUUUUCUGCCAUGUUUCAGGGAACAAAUAUAUUUGUGUCCACGAUCAGUAUUACUGCUAUCGCAUUGGAUAGGUUCCAG